CAUUUCAAACAACAAUAAGCUCAAGAUUGGUUUAGUCCAAGAUCCAGGCAUGAGGCGUUAAUUAUUACCCUAACCCACAUCAAAAUUAAAUCACGUUCUUCCUUUUCGAUUAACUAAUUAUCUCCCUAAUCGGACAUCAAUUUCUAAUCACGCAUCUUAAUCUCCACUCACAUUUAUCUAUUCUUCUCUGCUCUGCCUGAUAUCUAUAGUUGCUCUGUUAUCAUUUCACGUGGGCGCAUUACUGAAAAUACCGAUUAAAAUUGGGGAAACAUGGGCGGGGAGGAGAGGUGGUGCGUGGUGACCGGCGGGCGAGGAUUUGCGGCGAGGCAUCUGGUGUUGAUGCUCAUCAAGUACGACAUGUUUUGUGUGCGUAUUGCUGAUUUAGGACCUACGGUCCAGCUCGAUCCAGACGAGGAGAAUGGCGUUGUCGGCGAGGCUCUCAAGUCUGGUCGCGCGCAGUACGUGUCAGCAGAUCUUCGCGUCAAAUCGCAAGUGCUAGAAGCUUGCCGAGGAGCUGAAGUUGUCUUUCACAUGGCUGCUCCUGAUUCCUCCAUCAAUAACCAUCAGCUGCAUUAUUCUGUUAAUGUACAAGGAACUAAGAACAUCAUCGAUGCAUGUAUUGAGCUGAAAGUAAAACGACUUAUAUAUACAAGCUCACCAAGUGUAAUCUUCGACGGAGUUCAUGGAAUAUUCAAUGGAAAUGAAUCAUUGCCUUACCCUUCUAAGCACAAUGAUUCAUACUCUGCCACGAAAGCUGAAGGAGAGGCCCUCGUUAUCAAGUCAAAUGGUUCAAAUGGACUUCUAACAUGCUGCAUUCGACCUAGCAGCAUUUUUGGGCCUGGUGAUAAGCUGCUUGUUCCAUCUUUAGUUGCUGCCGCCAGGGCUGGGAAAUCAAAGUUCAUCAUUGGAGAUGGCAAAAACAUGUAUGAUUUUACUUAUGUAGAGAAUGUGGCACAUGCUCACGUAUGUGCUGAGCGAGCUUUGGCAUCUGAAAAGACAGUAGCAGAGAGAGCUGCGGGACAGGCAUACUUCAUUACCAAUAAGGAACCAAUAAGAUUUUGGGAUUUCAUGUCUCUCAUUCUUGAAGGUCUGGGUUAUCAAAGGCCAAAGAUCAAGAUUCCUGCCUGUGUCAUGAUGCCAAUUGCACUUAUGGUGGAAUUGAUUUAUAAAAUUUUAGCUCCUUAUGGAAUGAAGGUGCCACAGUUAACACCUUCAAGGAUUAGACUUCUAUCUCGCAACAGAACUUUUGAUUGUUCUAAAGCCCAUGAUCGUCUUGGCUACAUACCUAUUGUGUCUCUCCAGGAAGGCCUUAGAAGAACUAUUGAAUCGUACCCACACUUGAGGGCCGGUGUUGAAACCAAAAUGGGCAGUCAAAAAGCUGUGAGGAAUAAAAAGCUCUCAAUCAUGGUGGUAUUGAUCCUGGGUGCAGCUUACUUCAGUUUGAUUGCAGCUGGGUAUACGACUGUGACAGUAGCUUCCACGCUUCUGUUAGCAGCAUCAGUUAUCCUUUUCAUCAUUGGCAAACUAGCCUAGAAAUAUUUUUGCUACCAUCAAUUCACCUUCAUCCUCAAGUUAAAGGGAAAGGAAAGAGCUUCUGUAUUUGCUGAAACAUUUCCAUACAGAGCAAGAACCGCGCACUCUAAUAAUGUCCCCACGGUUCACAUGAAGUGCUAUGAUCCUUCAUCUUUUGUUCUCCCAUGCCCCUCUCCUCUCUUUGGUAACCGGAUAAAUUCUUUUGGGUAAAGCAUUUCCUGGGUUUUAUUGUUCAUCACAAAUAGUGCUUUAGCAGCAACAGUCAUGUCGUUUAGAGGAAAGUAAACAAACAUGCCUAAGCUUUGUCUUCUGAUUCCUGAAUAUUUGGUAAUAGCCUUCUUUGUCGUAAUUAUAUAUAGCGUCUAACUAGAUUUUA